UCAAAAGCCUACUCUUAGAGACAGGAUCCAGAUUCUCUCUCUGUGGUCCCCAGACAUUUCCAAAAUGGCUCUUCUAAUUUAUUUCCUGAUCGGGAUUCAGGUACUGGGCUCUUUGGCUAGCCUUCUACCAGUGCUUCCGGAACCGACGCCACCGCCUCUUGUAUUUCUUUCCCCACCAUGUAAUUCUUCUGUAGUAAAGACUGUUGCCGAGAUGGCUCUUAACAAGAUCAAUGCCGAUCGAAGAGAGGGCUAUGUGUUGGCUCUCCACCGAAUCUUUGAUGUCCGUGAACUUCCACAGCGGAAUAGGUUUCCUGCUAUGAAUUACAUGCAAAGGAUUGUGGCUUCUUAUGAAAAGCAGCUCGAUGGCUCUCUCUUCUAUCUCACCUUGGAUGUGCUGGAAACUGAAUGCCACGUCCUGAGCAGGAAAUUGCCAAAAGAUUGCGAAAUUAGUACUAUGCCUCGGACAAUCUAUGGACAGUGCAAAGCAGUGUUCCGGCUUGGCAGGAAGGUGGAACAUAGUUUUCUAUAUAACUACGACUGCAUUUUACGCCAACAUAUAUCAAUGCGAUGUGGUGACUGCACUGGUCUUGAUGACCCCACUGAACCCCAGUAUCAAGAGGCGGCUGCUCAGAUGCUUGCCAAGUUCAAUGCAGAAAGCAACCAUCCGCAUUAUUUCGCCAUCCUCAAUGUCGCCCGAGCAACUUCACAGGAUUACUUUGGAAUUUUAGCAAAUCUGGAUUUUAUCAUCCAGGAGACCUCCUGUCCCAAAAGCAAGUCCGUGACAGAUGUCUCCAAAUGCCCACUCCUUCCACCUGAAAAGGCAGAGACAGGUCUAUGCCAAGGUUCUAAAGGACGCGGUGAGCCAGUAAUGCUGCCAGACGGUCAGAUAGAAGUAAAGAAUUCUGUCGGUGUAAAAUGUCAUUUCUUCCACUCGGAGGCAACUAACAGCACAGAGCAGAAUCCACAGUCUGCUCCUGAACCCGGGCAGGAUGGACACAAGGAGGAAAGUGAAAGCCACAUGUCACAGCAUCAUCAUCCUUAUUCUGCUCAUACGUUCCUAGCCCCGGAAAGAACAGUGGGCCGGGUGAUCUUUAUUCGUUUUGAAGGACAACAACCACAUGGGACACCUGCUCCCCCUCAAGUGCAGCAUCCAGAGGGGAACAAGACAGAAGGGGACAAACCACUUAGACUAAUCAUCCCUCCAUUCCCCGCUGGGUUUUCAGAAUCAGACACUUGUCCAGGAGAGAGCUCAAUGGAUGUUUUCGACCUUGAGCUGCCCAGUAGGCCCAUAGUUAAAUCACCGCCCCAAAUGUCCCAAACUCAGUAAUGCAGUAUGCUGAGAAGCUAGUCAGCUUGAGGCACAGGAAAGCUUUUAGAUCAGGAAGGAUGGGCUGGGUCUUGGGAUCUCUCCCUUACAAAAGGCAUCACUCUCCUGUUGGAUCAUGGAUUGAAUUAACUCACACAGGGGUCCCAGAGGAAACUCUGCAUUAUUACAGGAGGCAAUCGUGGCUUGCAUGAGUGGAAAUGCUGUACCAAGUGAGCUCCCUCUUGCACUCUUUCUUCACCAUUUGAUCCAAACUAGACACGGCAGGGGCAGCUACAACUGUGAGGCAUGCGUUGGCCCUCUUUGUGUACAUAGAAAGCAUGGGGUUGGGAUGGGGGAGUUUCCUUCUCACGUCAGCUGGGCUGGGAGAAAAAUCCCCUGGUGCAACAGGAGGUAAAGUGGGGAGGGCUCAACAGCCCUCAGCCUCACGCACCUUUGGGCUGUAAGAAUGGCCUCCCAGCCCCAAGCUUUCUAUCAGGACGGAGCAGGCAUCUGAACGAACAAAUGUGGCUGCUCUCAAACAUCUACUUUGUGUGCUCCAAGCCCUGACAAACUCUGCCUCUAGCCAAACAGUGGAGGGGAGCCCAUUAGCACACACCCACCAAUUAGUAAUAGCGUAAAACAUUGGAGGGAGGUCAAAAUGAGGGAAUCCCCUGCUGGAGUCAGGCUCAAAACCCUACUGGGCCCAACUCCAAAUGAGGCUCCUAUGACUUCCCAACCACCACCACCCCUGGCAGUGCCACUUCCCCUCCCCAAGUUUUCUAACUACAGGCCUCAUGAUCUCCAGGAGGAAAAUGCCCAUCUGUGCGCCAUUAGCAUCCAUGGAGAGAAUUUGUGGCUCUCACUUGUGUAGAAGUGACCCCUCCUAGAUGCCACUUGCGUUGCCCGCCUUCUCAAAGUGACCUCAUGAUAGCUAGAGAGCUGUUCUCUCUUUUCCCCUUCUUCCCCUCCCCUCCCCUCCCCUCCCCCCCACCUUUUCACUUGUUCAUCCCAGACGUCGUCCUUGUCAUGUGAGAAUGGCAACUGUUUUCUGUGCCGGAGGGAAUUUUAUAAAAUACUCAAUAAAGCAGCAAUGUGA